GUAAAAAUAAAAUUAUUCGUAAUUAUUGUUAAAUGUUAUUCAUCAAUAUUCUAAUGAAUUUUAUUAAAUAUAUAGAAAAGAAUUUUUUAUUCAUUAUGAAUAAACAUAAAUUAAACUGUGACAUUUAUAUAUGCAAUGUAUAAAUCUAAUCAAUAGAAUGAAAUGACUUGUGAAAUGUAGAAAUGGAGGUUGAAUAUAUUUUGACAAAUAUUUUUGGCUCUGAAACUAACAUUGAAUUCAAUAUUCCAUCAAGUACAAAAUCAGAUGGGCAUUCAAGAAUACUGCAAAGCUUGAACGUUGUCAAAGAAGUCAUCUCUUCAACCCUUCAAGAAAUAUCCAAAUCUGAAGAGCUAGAAGAUACACGUCCUGGACGAUUAGGACCUAAAAUAGUCCAUUUUGAUAUUUUAUCGCACCAUGGACUCACAAUAGUAUCACCAGAUCGCCUUAGUGUCAAUUCCCAGAGCAAUUUUAGUACUUUAAGAGCAAACACAUGUCUUUACGGUGGCAAAUGGAUGUACGAGCUUCAAUUAGGCUCGAAAGGUGUGAUGCAAGUUGGUUGGGGUACCCUUCAGUGCAAAUUCAGUCAAGAAUGUGGAGUAGGUGACACAGUUAACUCGUAUUCCUAUGAUGGAAAUCGUGUAAGAAAGUGGAACGUGUCUACUAAUAAAUAUGGAGAACCUUGGCUGUCCGGUGAUAUAAUUGGAUGUGCUUUGGACAUGGAUAAUGGUACUAUUGACUUCUAUCGUAAUGGAAGACACUUGGGAAGAGCAUUUGAGAACAUAACAGUUGGAACUGGUAUCGCCUACUUCCCAACGGUGAGUUUAGCCUUUACAGAAAACCUAACAGCCAAUUUCGGAGCCACUCCUUUACGAUAUCCAAUUGAAGGAUAUCAAACUCUACAGUUAACACCUAGAGGUCGAGUUUCAAAGGCAAAUAUUCUCUUUAAAUGGCUAGAAAAUGUAAUAAAUUUAUUAGAGAGCUCUGAUUAUGGCUUUAUAGUAGCAGAAAAGUCAAUGAAUGCUCGUACGUACCUGAUGUGUAUUGUCAGAUUAAUUAUGAGUGAACUAGCACCAUUGCUUGUAGUUCCUUAUGUGGUGGAAGCUGUUUUCCUCCCGUUUUUUCAAAGACUCAUCGAAAAUUCGUCAAAAGAUAUAAACACAAAAGUUAAUAUUUUCUUAGAUAUAUUAUGGACCUUUUUAGAAGACCACGAAAUGAAAAUAUGCCUUGAAAAUACUGUUGUUUACCUAUUAUCAGCUUUUAGACAUGUCUCUUUGUUACUAGAGUAUCCAGAUCAAUGCAAAAGUUUGAUCAUUUUAACCAAUCUCUGUCGACAUUCAACUACACGUCAAUAUUUGCUUCAAAAUAUUCUGUUCGACAGAGUACGUUUUGCUAAUUUUAUUCAUGUUAAACCUUUAGAUGAAGGAGGCCUUGCUGAAAUAAUUCAAAAAACAUGGUGGGAAACAAAUCCGAUAGAUUCAUCAGUUGAAGUUAAUCGGGAUAGUUAUAUAAAAUCAUGUGAACGAAUUAAAGCUGCUAUAUCAGAAAUUGAAACUCUACAAGUAGAUUUAUUAAUUACAUUGUUAAAUAAUGCUGAUGGAACAUCAAAAAAGCCAUCUUCAAGGUCUAUAUUUUUAAAAAAAUUCCGAAGAUUUGUUCAAGAAAAUUUAUUAUCCAAUCGCACACCUUUACAAAUAACUGUUUGCUGUUUUCAUCGACUUCUAGUGGCAUUUCGUAUUUUAUGGGAUGCUGAAGUUGGUACGAAACCAAUCCACAUUCCUUGCAAACUGUUUUAUGAUGCUUCAAUUAAUUACAAUGGAAUUGAUAGACUAGGAGGAGUGUUAUCUUACCUCAAUAAAACUUACAAGAAUGAAUUAAUUUAUAAACUGGGAUCUAAUCAUGAAGUAAUUCUAGCUAUGAACCAGACUCAAGAGUCAACGAGUACAUUCAUGGGUGGUCCGGGUCAUAUGAAUGAACUUCCCAUGCUGAUACCAACAUCAACGAGAAUGCUUAAUACUAAUCCUACUACUCCUCUAUCACCGCUAGUCUUCGGAUACUCUUCUUACUUACAAGAAGAUAAGAUUCCCAUUCGCCUUGGUACUGCAGACUCUGUUUUAUCUCUUUUAGAACUCUUGGAUGGUAUUAUUUUAUUCUAUCAUGCUGCUGCGAAAAAACAAAUAGCUAAAGUAGCUAAUUUAAGAGACAGCAUGUCGGAGUAUAUAUCAGCAAUGUCUGAUGUCAAAGCACGAUUAGAAGUCGUUAAAAAAGUAAAAGAUAAAGAUUCAAACACAGAUUCUAUACAGGAAGAAUUGAUUAGAACGAUGGAAGUUUUUAAUUCAAAACUCUCUGAACAAGCUCGACACAUGGCUUGGGUAAGAGCAGCUGUUUAUUCUGAAGAGAAACAAGCUCAAUUAGCUUGGCUUCUGAAAGUUGUUAUUUUAACACUUAGAAAGGCUAGUGAAGAGGGGAAUAUGUUUCGUUUUGUUCCCUAUUUUUAUUUGGAAGCUCUAGCAGAUUUAUGUAGUGGACUUAAAAAUCAUUUACAUCCAACAGUACCUAUUCAAAAGAUACUUGGUUACCAAGAUAUGCUUAAAGAAAUUGCUCAAUUCCUUUGUGAUCAUUUUCUAGAUGCUAGAAUUGUCCAUGCAAUCGCCAAAGAUACUUUAAUUCUAACUAUAGCUGGAUUUACCUCUAAUUCAUUGACUCUUCAAGCUCUUGAACAAAUACCUAAAGAGUCAAGACUUCAACUUGUAAGGAAUAUUUUACGUCCUUACGAGAACCGCGCCUGGGCUCAGUCUAAUUGGGUUCUGGUAAGAUUCUGGCAAGGAAAUGGCUUUGCCUUUAGAUAUGAUAAAAGUCCUCAUUUAUCGAAGAAAGUUGGCCCUAAGAUGCUUCAACAAGAGUCAAUUUCACAACCUAUUAAACCUUGUCCAUCAACAAUUUAUCAAAUGCACGUGAAAGAAUUACUCCUAGCACAUCCACGAACUACUUUGCAGUUUCUCAAUUCAUUGCUUAAUCAAAUGAACUGGGCAUUUUCUGAAUUUAUUGGAAUGGUACAGGAGAUCUAUAAUGUGUCUUCAAGACCGGAGAGAGUAUUUAUUGAGUCACGACAACUGAAAGUUUGUGCAACUUGCUUUGAUUUAGCUAUAUCUUUGCUCAGAGUUGUUGAAAUGAUCACCACUGUGGCUCCAAGUAUUUUUAAUAAUCCUCAACAAAUAUCUAGUGGAAAUCUUCUUUCAAGACUUUGUCAAUUAUUGUGUCAAAUAUUGAACCGAAUUAGUUCUCAAACUAGUUGCUUUCAACAUGUGGUGCUUUUAGACAUCCCAGAUUUAGACGCGGUUGAUCAUUUUCCAAUUCUCACAGCAGUUGUUGGAAUUUUAUUGGCUCUUUUGAAAGAAGAUAUGGAGAAUGCCACUAAAUCUGUCGAUUUAGUUCCAAACGUCACAAGAAUUUUACUAACAGAGCCAAGCUUUCAAAUGAAUUCACUACAUUUUGUGCUGGGUGAAGGUCCAACAAAGAAUGGAAAGAUAAAAAAUGUUAAACCAUUUUCUUUGGAGAAUUACAAAGAUGCCGUUAGUGAGAGGGAAAUAAAAAGUGUUCGAGAAAUGAUAACGUACCUGGAUAAAAAACGUACAUUGCUGCCGGAUAACAGAAUUAUCAGUGAUGAUGAUGAUACUUGUACUAUUUGUUACGCUUAUUCUGUAGCAGCAAUUUUCAAGCCUUGUAAUCAUCAAUCCUGUCGUGUUUGCAUUGAUAGACAUCUUCUGAAUAACCGCGAGUGUUUCUUCUGCAAGUCUAUUAUUGUUCAAGUGUAUGAUCUUGAAGGUGCAAUAUUGCACGACUUUACAACUAGUCUUAUCCCAUCUAGUUCCUCAACUACAUCGUGAUAUUUAAUGUAAGAAUAUUGAAAAUACCAUGAAAAAUGAAUAUAUAAAAUUUAUUUAUGCUAAUCCUUAAUAAUUAACUGCUUACAAUACGAAAUUUUUAAUCACAUUCUUUCAGUCUAGACUGUUAUUUUUCUUUUUUUUUUCAUUUUUUAAAUUCACUUUUCUUAUGAAUUUUUUGCAAAAGUCUUUGGAGAUCUAUUUAUCGUUUAAAUUUAAUUGAAAUCAGCAUUGUCAAAACUUUUGCAAUAAUUCAUCAAACAAAUAUAUUUUUUUUAUUUUCAAACACAUAAACUCGAUCCAAAACCUAUCCUCAGCACUGUAACAUGUUUUUUCUCUGUUGGAACGUUGAAAAAAACUUCAGCUGACUGAACAAACACUAGUCCACACACAAAUCCACCUAACGCAGUCAUUACAAUAGCAGCAAAAAUAAGAAAUCGAUUUUUAUUCAAAUAUAAUGGUGGAUCUUUAACAAGAACACUUUGUAAUAAACAAAGUCCAGGAAAAACAAAUAUAAAUGCAGCUGAGAGUGUUCCCAUUAAAUUUAUAACUGGUGAUAUAUCUGAGACAACAAUGGCAAUGACAAGUGAUAAAAUAAACCAAAGAAGAGUUACAGCAGCUCGAAUAGUGGCAUUGUGCUCUACAUCUGCAUGAAAAAGACCCAGCAGUGAAUUCCGGCCACAGAACAAAACAAUUGGAUACGUUGUAAAGUUCUUCACUGCUAUAGCAAUUAUUGCAAUCGCUAGGGAAACACUUUUAUCCGAGUAUCCUUGAAGAAUAUCACUUGGUACAUGACCCAUACCAAAGCUGUUGUAUCCGAAAAUCCCAACAAUUGUAUAGCAUAAGAAACAUACAGCCAUACUAAUUAUUGCACACCAGGUGAAUUUCCAUAUGUUACGAUCUUUCAUACAUGCGUAAGUUGGAAUUGAUGUCAUAUGGCUCUGGAAGAGAACAAAGACAGAAAAUUAUUGGUGAUAUUUGAAUGUAAUAUUUGAGUAUUAAAGAUUGUAUAUGUUUCUUUUUUUUCUAUAUAAAUUAAUGUUUUCUUUCAAUA